AUGGAUCAUAUCCGCCGGUACAACGUCGAGCGAUCCUGUCUCCGCUGCCAUCAACGCAAAGUUCGCUGCGACAAGGGUUCCCCCUGCGCCGCCUGUGUCCGGUUGAAAGUUCCCUGCCAGUAUCCAAGCCCCAAUAGAGUCCAACGGCGUCCGCCAAAAGCCACUUCGGCAGAUGUAGUCUCUCGUAUAGAUCAGCUGGAGAGGGCAGUGACUGAACUGAUCCGCAGUCCAUCAAUUGCCAGAUCAAUACAUGACAAUGAGACGAAUGCCGCACGAUCAACUCCUCCUGAGCCUCAGCCUCGACAGGGCCUUUUGGUGCGGGACGGUCGGUAUAUCGACGAACAUCUGCUGUCCGGGUUCCUUGAGAAAGACAAAGAACUGCAAACUGCUAUUGGCACGCCCCGGUCCGUUGCAAAGAGCCCUGGACGACUGUCGCCUCUGAGGGUCGAGGGACUCAUUACCAACUCACUGCGCGAGCACAUAGAUUUCCAGGCGCUGCAACCUAGUCGAUGGCAUGCCACACAGCUCUGGCAGGUUUUCCUUAGCCGCGUCGAUCCAGUGGUGAAGGUUCUACAUAUUCCGUCGACGCAGCCACGGGUCUUUGCGGCCAUCAACCAGCCUCGGGACGCGUCUGUGGAUGCCCAUGCGCUGCUGUUCGCCAUUUGCUUUGCAGCCACAACAAGUUUACUCUCAGAUGAUCCCUUGCGGGAGGGGAUCCGCUCGGAUAUUCGCCGGUAUCAGCAGGGGUUCGAGCUUGCCCUCUAUCGCUCCUCGUUUUUGGACGCGCCGACUCUGACCUCGCUGCAAGCAAUGGCCAUCUACCAGACAUGUCUGCGCUACCACAAUAGCGGCCGCUCCAACUGGACACUCCACGGCCUCACCACCCGCGCUGCCCAAUCCAUCGGCCUCCACCGCGACGGACGGCACUUCAACCUCUCACCGCUAGAGUGCGAACUCCGCCGCAGGCUGUGGUGGCACAUUGUGACGUGCGAUCAACGCGCCGCGGAAGACCACGGCGUCUCCGUUGUCGCGCAUAACGAACCCUGCGACACGAAUCUGCCUUCCAACCUCGACGACCAGGAUCUCUCCGCGACGGCGACCGUGCCACCGGCACCUCAACCGCGCUGGACGGAGAUGACCUUUCCGCUCAUCACGAUAGAAAUCAACCGUCAAUUGCAUGAGAUCUCACGAAAGGCGUCUAUAGGUGUCUCGCCCGAUCCACUAGUCAGGCAACUCCAGGACUACAUGCAGCGCAAUUACCUUCAACACGGGGAUGCCAAUAUUCCCAUCCAGCGGCAUGGCUUACUUCUAGCCGACGUCCUGACCAUGAAAGUCGCAGUCUACGCAAGGCAGAAAGCACUACAGACCCAGACCCAGGGCCAGGGCCAGAGUCAGAGCCAACAGCAUGAAAGUCCGACAGCGCAAGAGACGCUGGCGAUGGCCUGCCACGGCCUCGAGUGCGGACUGGAACUGCAGACGAACGACCUGCUCCGCGGCUUUCGCUGGCUUACCACCACAUUCACACAGUAUCAUCUUUUAUCGUAUGUUCUGUGGCAUCUGUCUGUGUAUCCGGCGAGUGUGCAUGUUGAUCGGGCAUGGCGUAAUGCCGAGGAGAACUUUGAGGCGGUGGAAAGGGAUCCCGCGUGGCCGGAUCCGGGGCCCAAAUGGGCGAUUAUCUCGCAGUUGAGAGCCAAGGCGUUGAGGGCGAGAGAGGGAUUGACGAAUAAGCAGGUCGAUUUCCAGGAGCAUGGACCGGAGAAUGUAUUCGACUGGGGGAAUUGGGAUCUGGAGUUGUUCGGGUCUGGAGAGUGGACUGUUUGA